UAAGGAGCAAGGGUUGGAGGUGCUCUUAGAGUUCAAGUUGUUAACAUAGCCGCCACAAAGAUUCAACAACGAAGAAAGCUUUCGUUUCGUGUUUAUCAUACGUUGUUUGCAAUUUGUGUCGGAGUGAGAGACGAAGAUGUCGGGUAUGGGAGACGGGUACGUGGGCACCGCCCAGGACGGCGUUCGGAUCCGGCGGCUGGAGAAGCAGAGAGAAGCUGAGCGCCGGAAAAUCCAAGAGCUCAAAACCAAGUCCGCCUCCUCCAACGGCCAACCCGGUCUCCUCCAAUUCGGUUCCAGCACUUCCGAGAUUCUGGAAACUGCCUUCAAGAAAGAAACUGUUGGUCUUGUCACCAGAGAGGAGUAUGUUGAGAAGAGGGUUAACAUUCAGAGCAAAAUAGAGGAGGAAGAGAAGGAGAAGCUUCAGAAGCUGCAGCAAGAAGAGGAGGAGCUUCAACUGCAAAAACGCAAAAAGAGGAAGUUUAAAGGGAAUUCUAGAUUGUCUUUUGCUGAGGACAUUGACAGUGAGGCUCAAGAGGAGGAGGAGGAAAAUCACAGUGAUGUGGAAACAAAUGGACUUCGGCGGGGUAAACUUGGCAAAGACCCCACUGUUGAAACUAGCUUUCUACCUGACAGUGAGCGAGAGGCUGAGGAGCAAGCUGAGCGUGAAAGGCUGCGCAAGCAGUGGCUCCGGGAGCAGGAGCAAAUUCGAAAUGAGCCUCUUCAAAUCACAUACAGUUACUGGGAUGGAACUGGCCACAGGCGUGUGAUCCAGGUACGCAAGGGAGACAGCAUAGGAGAGUUUCUUCGAGCAAUCCAACAGCAACUUGCUCCUGAAUUCCGAGAGAUUCGAACAACCACAGUAGAAAAUUUGUUGUAUGUGAAAGAAGACCUUAUCAUCCCUCACCAACACAGCUUCUAUGACCUAAUUGUGAACAAAGCGAGAGGCAAAAGUGGACCGCUUUUUCAUUUUGACGUGCAUGAGGAUGUAAGAACAACUGCUGAUGCCACUAUAGAGAAGGAUGAGUCUCAUGCUGGUAAGGUUGUGGAAAGGCAUUGGUAUGAAAAGAACAAGCAUAUAUUUCCUGCUUCAAGAUGGGAGAUAUAUGAUCCAACGAGGAAAUGGGAACGUUAUACCAUCCACGGAGAUUGAUUUUGAAUAGGGAUUUCCUAGCCCUGACCUUUAAUUUGGCCAUCAGCUAAGCCAGAUUAUGCCUAUUGCACACCUUGAUGAUGUUGGCUUUAUAUCAUUAGUAAUUUCAGUGGUUUUUUUAUCUAUGAUUGUUGAGACUUGGACAAUUAAUCGGAUUUAUAUUGAAGUGGACAAUUUCAUGUUUAUGUCAUGUGUGUCAAUGGAUUAGGGUUUUGUCUA